AUGUCGGAUCCAUUUAGACAGAACCCGUUCAUUGUUUUACAGUCUCCGGUGAAAAAACCGGAGGAGAUAUACACUCCUUCCGGUUCUCCUAAAAGAGUAUCACCUUCAAAAGCAGCCAUGAAGUAUUCCCCUGCCGUUUCCUUCAGAAGAGACUCAAAUAACUUUAUGAAUAGCGCAGUUGGCCGCAGCUUCAUCCAAAGGGCAGAUGAAUCACCUCUGAGGUCCCCACCUACAGCAAGGAAGCUAUUUACAGAACAAGAAUCACCUAAGAGAAAAGCUGCGUUGACUACAAUCAUCGAUCCUUUCAAUGCUCCAGAAGCAGAAAGUGACAAUGAGAACGACAUUAUAAGCCACUACUCUAUUUUCAACAAGACAGAGCCAGGAGAAUUAAAAAGAUCUAUUAAUUCUAAUAGAACGGAACUAGAAACUCCAAAACCUGUUUUUUCUAACUCUUUGUUUGCUGCUGCAGUGCAGUCAUCCACUAACUCUGAAUUAUACAAAAAUAAAAGCGCAGUUUCAUCGUACUUUUCAUCUGAUCAAUCAACCAUUGACGUGCCAAUGGACCAAGACUUUCAGUACUCUAAUGGAGGCGAAAGGUUCUCCAAUUCGAAUGGUUCGGACUUCUUUGACAAGCGUUUAAUGGAUAAGGCCCCAAUGGUGCAACCUCGCAGAAAUAACUAUCAUAACAAGCAAACUGUUUUCAGAUCUAGAACUGGUAACCUUGUAUUGGAUACUCCUGUUCCGGGUUUGUUGCAUGACCUAUUGCCACAAAAGGAUAGCGACGAAUUUGAUUAUAUGAAGUAUUCUGCAGUGACUUCAGAUCCAGAUGAUUUUGCAGAAGACGGAUUUACUUUGAGGUCAAUUGAACUAGAAAGAGAGACUGAAAUAGUGAUUUGCAUCACUAUGUAUAACGAAGAUGAAGUUGCGUUGACUAGGACGUUAUAUGGUGUAUUCCAAAAUAUUGCAUAUCUGACAAAAAGGAAAAGAAGUACCACCUGGGGUGAAGAUUCCUGGAAAAAAAUUGUUGUGUGUAUCGUAGCUGACGGAAGAAAUAAGAUAAGUCCUGGUGUUUUAGAAGUGUUGGGUACUAUGGGUGUCUAUCAAGAAGGAAUUGCCAAAUCCUUUGUUAAUCAAAAAGAGGUGAAAGCACACUUGUUCGAAUAUACUGCCCAAGUUUCUGUUAACGAAGAUCUAAAAAUCGUGGGUGAUAAAGACUCAACUCCUGUCCAGAUUGUCUUUUGCCUGAAAGAGAAGAAUGCAAAAAAAAUUAACUCUCAUAGAUGGCUAUUCAAUGCUAUUUGUCCAGUUUUGAAUCCAAAUGUUUGUGUCUUAUUGGAUGUUGGUACUAGACCUAACGUCGGUGCAGUAUACAACCUUUGGAAAGCAUUUGACUUGGAUUCCAAUGUGGCAGGUGCAGCCGGUGAAAUUGUUGCCAUGAAAGGUAAAUAUUGGUCAAAACUUAUAAAUCCAUUAGUUGCAUCGCAAAACUUUGAGUAUAAGAUGUCAAAUAUCUUAGAUAAACCUUGUGAAUCUGCUUUUGGGUAUAUUAGUGUGUUGCCGGGUGCACUAUCAGCAUAUAGAUAUUCAGCAUUAAAGAAUCAUCCAGAUGGAACAGGUCCGCUAAAAGCAUACUUUCAAGGUGAGACAAUGGACAAUGCGGAUAUGACAAACAUUUUUUCUGCUAAUAUGUAUCUAGCAGAAGACAGAAUACUGGCAUGGGAGUUAGUAGCUAAAAAGGGGGCACAAUGGGUUUUGAAGUAUUGUAAAGAUGCAAGAGGUGAAACGGAUGUCCCUGAAACUCUGUCAGAAUUUGUCCUGCAAAGAAGACGUUGGUUGAAUGGUGCAUUUUUUGCAGCAUUGUAUUCUUUGAGAAAUUCAGCCCAAAUCUUUAAAACUGAUCAUUCAGUGAUGAGGAAAGUUUUUUUCCAGAUUGAAUUCCUUUACCAAGGUUUGACGUUGUUGUUCAGCUUUUUUGCAAUUGCCAAUUUCUAUAUCACGUUCUACUAUUUGGCAGGCUCAAUUAUAACAAUUGCUGGUAUUGGCGGUAAAGUAUUCUUUGAAAUAAUGAAUUACAUUUGCAUAUGUACAUUAUUGGGAAUGUUGGUUAUAUCAAUGGGAAAUAAGCCAACGGGAGCACCAAUGUUAUUUUGGGUAUGUGUUAUCCUACUAACUGCUUGUGGUUUAUAUGCGAUCAUCUCUGGUUUCUAUUUCUUGGCAUUGAUGAUUCAUCAACAUCAAGCCGGUAAUGCAGGCGGUUUGAGCUUUGCAUCUAUUUGUGUUUCGCUAGCAUCAACUUAUGGGUUGUAUGUUCUAAUGUCUGUCCUAUAUCUCGAUCCAUGGCAUAUGAUCUCCUCCUCGGUUCAAUAUUUCAUGAUGUUACCUGCCUACACUUGUUUGUUGCAAAUUUAUGCUUUCUGUAACACGCAUGAUGUUUCGUGGGGUACCAAGGGUGAUACCGAGGUUGCUAAGUCUCUAGGCUCUGCUAUAAUUGAGACUGAUGAGAAGGGUCAACAAUAUAUAAAAACAGGGGUAUUGGAACAGCAAGACAUUGAUUCGAUGUACAGCGAAUUAGUUUUAAAACUGAAGGAAAGAAGAAAGAAGCCAGUUAAUAUGAGGAAUAAGAAAGACAGCAAAGAUGGUGGAAAGAAAAAGCUUCAAAUCAGUAAGGAAGAUUAUUAUAGAGAUAUCAGAUCGAGAGUUGUGUUAUUUUGGGUGAUAGCAAACGUGAUUUUAGUUAUGACAAUCACUCAAAUAUGGAAGGCUGAUUCUAUUAGAUCAAACAAGUACUUAGCCUUUAUUUUGUGGUCGGUUUUUGGCUUUAGUUGUUUCAGGUUCUUGGGAUCAUUCACAUACUUGGCACAUUUGGCUGUGAGAAGGAUAAUUGUGACUAAGCACAAAUGGGAACUGAAAAAGAAUGAAAAAGUGCCUAAAAUGAAUCAGGUUCCGAAUUAG